AUGAAUGUUUCCGACCUGAAUAGUUUUGUAAUCAAUUUCAAGAGAAAACUUCAACAAACUACGCAUGCGCUUGGUGUAUUAGCCUACAAUCAACGAUUACUUAUUAAUAAUACAACCGAAGAUGACCUAUUUGCUUUAUUGAAGCAGUAUUUGGAACAAAGACAAGUCGUCAAACGAUUGGAGAGUCAGUUGAAAAGCGCAACAUUGAAAACGAAAUCUCAAAGUCAACAAAUUCAUGAUCAGCGACAACGUCGUCUCAUUUCAACAAAUCGAGCUGCUAGAUUACAUAAGACAAUUCAAGAAAUCUAUGGUAUAAUCAACUAUCAUGGUCAUCAUACAUCACCCAUCGAUCAAUUACACUAUAUAAAGAAGAAAUGUGAAGAUCGAUUAAGAGAUGUCAUUUCAUCGGAAGACGAAGAUGAAGAUGAAUUGGAUAGUCGUAAUUGUACAAUUGAUGAUGAUACAAAUGAAAGUCUAAUAAUACAUCCACGUGUUGUUCUCCCUCAAUCGUCGACAAGAAAACGCCUAUUGAAUCAAGAUGAUGACACAAAUAUUUCGCCAUCAAAACGCCUUUGUUACGAAGGAUCACGAGAAAUGAGUAAGCCUUCAUCACAACGUAUCAUUGCUCAAACCACAUUUCAAUGUUUCACAACACUGGAGAACACUACACAACCAUUUACUGUUUCAACGGACAUCAAAAUGAUUAACAAUUCAUGCAGGCAACAAACAAGUCAAUUAGAUAGUAGUGAUACAUUAUCAUCAUCAUCAUCGAUCGUUAACAGUACGAAAACAGCGUCAUCGUCUUCUAUGGAACAAACAUUACCAAUGACUCCUGCAAAGAUGUCGACGAUUGCGCAUCGUUUUGUUUCAAAAAAGAUUUUCAAACCAGAAACAUGUUUUGUGUGUCUCAAACGAAUCAAUUUUGGUUCAUUGUCAUAUCGUUGUUCACAUUGUUCACAAUCAACACACGUGAAUUGCAAAGAGAACUCUGGUCUAACUUGUAAAAUCUUCUCCAAGGAUGCCACGUUACCACCUUCAUCGCCCAAACUGGCUACAAUUUCCACGUUGAAAAAGAAUCAACAACGUGUCACCAAUUCGGAACCUCGUAAAACACCUCGAACAUCAACCCACAGUUCAACCAUUCAACGACGUUUACCUUUUGAACGUAUAUCUAUACAAAAGAGUACGAAUGGAAAUACUACUAACAAAUAUUUUCCUUCUGUAUGA